AUGAACUGGAUAUCACCAGAAUCCCGUCUUACCGCCGUCAACUCCCUUGCAAUGCAAUUAGAUUACUACUUCGAUAUCUCAAAUCUGCUCAAGGACAUGUACCUCCGUAAGCACAUGAACUCUCAAGGUUGGAUUAACUUGGACUUCAUCACAGGAUUUUACCGUGUCCGAGCCUUGAGUUGUGGUGAUCUUUCUGUCAUUAGAGACUCCCUAGACCAUGCCGGCCAGUUUGAGUGGGGUGUCGUGGAGAGAGACCAAAACGCUACGCCCGAAUCUUCCAAGACGAAAGAGGCAGUUUCAUCUGAAGAAGACUCCAAGUCAGAGCUAACCGAGACAGAAGCAGGCUCUUCAGAAGCAGCAGAACUUGCUAAUCCUAUUGCAAACAUUAAGAUCAGGGCGCUUGCAGAACCACUGAACUGGGUCUUACCCGAGUCUGACCGUGAUGGCUGUGGACUGGACGAUGCCGUUCCUACCACCAUACACAAGAGGGAAGAGUUACAAAACCCGGAAGUAGAAGCAGAAGCAGAAACUGAGCCUCAAUCUGCCGAGCCUUUUGAACAACAAGCAUCUUCAAGCAUUCCAGAAUCUAUAGAAAAAUAG